CCCCACAAAUAGUAAGCGACUCAUUGUAAGAUACUAUUAUACCUUGCAAGUAUAGUGUGUGUAGUCGACCACUAUAUAUAGAGCUCCAUAUUCAAUCCUCUUGAAUACUCAAAAUUGAGUUCAUUUUCCAUUGUACAAAACAAAUUGGGUGGUGGCUAGUGAAAGUCAACUGAUUAUCCCUAGCUUCUUCUCUAUUUUGUUCUGAAAAAAAAAAAAAAAAGAAUAAGAAGAAGAAUACUAAUGGAGCCAUCACCAGCAAGGGUGGCAGUGCCACAAAAAUCUCCUCCUCCUCCUCCAAGUAGAGGUACCAAAAAUGUUAUCCAAGCCACCAUAAUGGCACUUGUUCUUAUAGUCAGUGUUGGAUACAUUUUCUUGUGGAUCAUGCUUCCAACAAACCUCUACCGGAAACAAUGGCUUCCAAAGAUUCAAGCUAAGGCUAACUCAACUUACUUCGGAACUCAAGGGACAAACUUGUUGAUGUACACAUUUCCUGUACUCUUUGUUGCUGUGUUGGGUUGUGUUUAUCUCCAUUUGAGAAAGAAGAGUAACAUCAACGGCUACCAUCAUUCCAACGGUGAGAAAAAUGCAUUAGCAGCAUGGAAGAGGCCGAUCAUCGUCAAAGGACUGGGAAUUGUGUCUCGAAUCGAAUUAGCUUUUCUGGUGAUGUUCGUUGCUCUUAUUGUCUGGUAUUUCUGGGUUUCAUUGAGCAUCAGUUUCCAAAAAAUCACCCCAAAAUCAGCUGCAAAAGAUGGGGAGAAUGUGUGGCAAGCUAAGCUGGAUACAUCGGCGUUAAGGCUGGGGAUCGCCGGCAACAUAUGCCUGGCGUUUCUGUUCUUCCCGGUGGCGCGUGGAUCGUCGGUGCUGCAACUGUUUGGGUUGACGUCGGAAGCCAGUAUCAAGUACCAUAUAUGGGUUGGCCACAUUACCAUGGCGCUCUUCACUGCUCAUGGUGUUUGCUACAUCAUCCUCUGGGCUGUUAUCCACGAAUUAUCCGCGAUGUUGGAAUGGGCAAAAACAGGAGUAUCAAAUUUGGCAGGAGAAAUCUCACUGUUAGCAGGAUUAGCUUUGUGGGCUACAACGUUUCCUGGCAUCCGGAGAAAAUUUUUCGAGCUCUUUUUCUACACUCAUCAUUUCUAUAUCAUCUUCAUGCUCUUCUUCGUCCUUCAUGCGGGAUUAGGCCAUUUUACCUAUUGCCUUCCUGCUUUCUUCAUCUUCAUGGUCGAUCGAUUCUUGAGGUUCUUGCAAUCUGGACAAAAUGUUCGCCUUGUUUCCGCUCGAAUCCUCCCUUGUGAAACCCUCGAGCUCAAUUUUUCCAAGACGCCUGGUCUUACUUAUACUCCCACGAGUAUUAUGUUCUUGAAUGUGCCAAGCAUUUCAAAGUUGCAAUGGCAUCCUUUUACAAUUAGCUCAAGCAGUAACUUGGAGCCUGAAAAGCUUAGUGUUAUCAUCAAAGGAGAAGGGAGUUGGACUAAGAAAUUGCACCAACUACUUUCAUCUCCUUCUGCAGUUGAUCAUCUUGCUGUGUCAGUUGAAGGGCCCUAUGGACCGGUUUCAACUGAUUUUCUAAGGCAUGAUUUGCUAGUUAUGGUGAGUGGAGGCAGUGGAAUCACACCUUUCGUAUCAAUAAUUCGUGAAUUAAUCCACACAAGUGAAACAUUACGAUGCAAAACUCCCUCAAUUCUCCUCAUCUCUGCAUUCAAAGAUUCCUCAGAUUUGACAAUGCUAAAUCUCAUCCUCCCCAUUGUUAACUCCCCAUCCCAAAUUUCCAACCUUGACCUACAAAUCGAAGCCUACGUGACAAGAGAAAAACAACCCAGCUCAUCAGAAGCCAAGAAAAAUAUAAACACAAUCUGGUUCAAACCAAAGCCAUCUGAUUCCCCAAUAUCACCAAUUCUAGGCAAAAACAGUUGGCUCUGGCUCGGCGCGAUUAUAUCCGCAUCCUUCGUGAUGUACCUUAUUUUAAUUGGGAUUAUUACGAGAUACUACAUUUAUCCCAUUGACCAUGGCACGAAUAAGAUCUACUCGAGCGCGGCUAGGGAAAUGUUGAAUUUGUUGUUCUUGUGUAUCUCCAUAGUUGUCGUGGCGACGGGGGUUUUCUUGUGGAACAAGAAACAAAAUGCAAUGGAAAACAAGCAGAUUCAGAACUUGGAAGGUGCAACUCCAGCAGCCUCACCUAAUUCAUGGUUCUACAAUGCUGAUAGAGAACUAGAAAGCUUGCCCCAACAAUCAAUUGUUUUGGCUACAAAUGUGCACUAUGGUGAAAGGCCUGACCUCAAGAGGAUUCUGUUUGAGCGAAAAGAAACAAGCGUUGGAGUUUUAGUUUGCGGGCCGAAGAAAAUGAGACACGAAGUUGCCAAUAUUUGUUCAUCUGGUUUAGGUGCCAAUCUGCAUUUUGAGUCCAUUAGUUUCAGCUGGUGAAAGUAAUUAAUGGACCCGAGUGUUUUGAAUUCUUCAUAUUGGGUUUCGAUUCGUAAUAGCUCCCUCCUUUGCAAGAGAUAGGAUUAUGCUGUUAGCAAUUCGAAUUGUAAAUUUUAAAUGUAUACGUGGAAUUGUGUGACAAGAAACUGUGAUAUACGUCCUCUAGAAAUUGUGUUAUAUGAUUUAUAUAAGUUUAUAUAAUGAUGGCUAUUAUGAAUCGGUGACAACCUACUGUCUCUUCUCACAUCUAUUUUAUAAUUGUAGCUUUUUACAUAUUUUUUAAUUUUUAUUUUUGUCAUGGAA